AUGGAAAACGAAUGGACGGUAACUCCAUGGAUAUUUGGAAUUGCACAACCAACAGAAAAUGGGUAUGAAGUUAGGUUUUUCCACGUACAACGUCGUGAUUGCGCAACAUUAGUUCCGAUUAUACUCAAGCAUGUUGUACCUGGAACAACCGUAUGGUCGGAUGAAUGGGUUGCAUAUAAAAACUUACAAACACAGUAUGGCUAUGAUCAUGAAACGGUAAGUGAACCACUGCGACUUUCAAAACUUUAUGAGCAUCUAAAUUAAAUUGUAGGUCAAUCGCAGUCAAAAUUUUGUUGACCCGCACACUAACUGUCACACACAAUUAAUCGAAUGCUUGUGGGGUCAACCCAAAAUAAAAAUUUUGAGAGCCAUACGUGGGUCAAUAUUACUCGACAGUCAUUUAAACGAAUUUUGGUAUCGAUCAGUGCACAAGGACAUGUUUUCGUCGUUAUUAACAGACAUUCGUCGCUUUCGUAUGUAAAUUUUUUUUGUUUUUUUUACUGAUUUUAACGGCCAAGGGAAAAAACAGUGCUUCCUUUUUCGUGAUUCUUAGACGUUUUCUUUCGGUAGUUUUCCCUUGCCUUAAAUACAUUACACAAGAAUUGUAAUUAAUAAUUAUCCAUUCUAAAUAUAAUCCAGCUUGUAAUCGUCUAAAUGCACUUAGACUAUUUGAAUGAAUAAUUAUUGAUUACAAUUCUUUUGCAAUGUAUUUAAUCGGCAUCCCUUGGCCGUUAAAUCAUACUUUACUAUUUGUAUUUCCUUGUGCUUUUUUUUGUUUCUAUACUUCUUUUUAUUACUUCUUUUUACUACUACUUUAUUUUCCUUAUUGUUUAUUGUUUCAUUUUGGCAUAUGAGUAAAAAUGUUAAGAACAAUUGUUUCUGUACUUCUUUUAAUUUACUUAUUCUUUAUUCUUUCAUUUUGGAGUUAAAAGACUCAAACCACAAUCUUACUCAAUCUUUUCAACAUAGGAGAUAUGAGAGGCCAUGAAGUAAUCUGACACCACUUAAAAGAAUUAUCUAAAUUCUUCACUCUCAUGCGCUAUAGAAACAGAUAAUAAUCUGUAGUAAGAAUUUGGUUCGGAAACACGAAAUAUUACCUUGCUAUUAAAUAUGAUUGUGUAUACAAAUAGGAGGAGUGUGUGUUACUGGUAUCAAUCAACUAGUCUAACAUAAAAUAAGUUAGAAUAUUUUUAUUGUGCACAAGUGAUCUAGAGAACAGAAGAAGAGAAGAAAAAAUAUCUGUCUUAGACGUCGACAC